GUGGUGGUAUUUGGUUAAUCAAAAGAAAACGCCGAAAAGCAAAGGCGGACGGCCUGAUUAACUUCAAGCACCAUUAUCAAUAACUAAUGGUGAGCAUUCCAGUGGCAACCUUCGGCUCAGCAGGCCAAAAAAUUCCUCUUCUAGGCUUUGGCACAGCUGAUUUUCCAUUUGGAGAAUAUGAAGCAGUGAAACAAUCAGUUCUCCAUGCAAUUGAAGUUGGCUAUAGACACUUUGACACUGCUGCUGUUUACCAGUCUGAGAAGCCUCUCGGCGAUGCCAUUGCUGAAGCAUUGCACAGGGGGCUAAUCAAAUCACGCGAUGAGCUUUUCGUUACCUCCAAGCUCUUCAGCAGCAACGCUCAUUCUCACCUUGUUCUUCCUGCUCUACAGGAGACUCUCAAGAAUCUUGGAUUGGAGUACCUUGAUUUAUAUCUAAUUCACUUUCCUGUGAGUUUGAAGCCAGAAGCCCAGUUCCCAUUUAAACCAGAUGAAACUCUUGUGAUGGAUUUUGAGUCUGUUUGGAAGGCCAUGGAGGAGUGCCAAAAUCUUGGCCUUACAAAAUCAAUAGGAGUUAGCAACUUUACAUGCAAGAAGAUUGAGAAAUUGCUUGCCACUGCAAGAAUUCCUCCGGCAGUCAAUCAAGUGGAGAUGCACAUUUUUUGGCAGCAGAAGCAGCUGAGAAAAUUAUGCGAGGAAAAGGGUAUCCAUAUGACAGCCUACUCUGCAUUGGGACCGAAAGGAACUCCUUGGGAAGGCAAUAAUAAGCCCAUAGAAUGUCAAGUGGUGAAAGAGAUUGCUAGUGGCAGAGGAAAGACAGCGGCUCAGGUGUGUCUGAGAUGGGUGCACGAGCAAGGUGUUAGUGUUGUUGUGAAGAGCUUUAACAAGGAAAGAAUGAAAGAAAACUUGAAGAUAUUUGAUUGGGAGCUAAGUGAGGAAGACUUGCAAAAGAUAAAUCAAAUUCCACAAAAAAGAGGUAAUCUAGCAGAGGCAUUCGUCGCAGAUGAAAGUCCCUACAAGUCUCUCUCUGAGCUCUGGGAUGGAGAACUGUAAUGUUCUUAAUUAAUUUUCUUAUACUAGAAAUCCAAAUAUUAGUGUAUUCUUCACUAUUUUAAUUUUUAAAAAAAUUAGUUGAAUUUUUACUGAGAAUAUUGUAGUAUGUCUUAUUGUUGGCCCACAAACAUUGUGAAAGAAUGCAUUAUCGGUAAAAGAAUCAUUACAAAAUCUUUGAAUGAA